UGCCGAUAACGCUCGGACCAUCUCGGGUAUAUAACGAGGCUCGCUUACUCUAUGGGCACAGUCGCAAGUUGAUCUUACCUCUGACAUCAUGAAAUCCUUCGUAGCCGUUCUCGCCCUCGUGGCUCUCGCCGCCGCCGACGUGUCGCACCUGCAAAACCCUGAGGCCGGCGCCCAGAUCGUCAAGCAAGAGGCCGAUGUCGGCCCCGAGAGCUUCGCGUACAACUACGAAACCAGCAACGGCAUCGUCGGUCAGGAGAGUGGAGCCCUGAAGAACGUUGGCCGCGAGGACGAGGCUAUCUCAGUCCAGGGAGCCAACAAGUACACUGCCCCCGGUGGUGAGGUUAUUGCUCUGACCUACACAGCUGACGAGAACGGAUACCAGCCCCAGGGUGCUCACCUCCCCACUCCACCCCCAGCGGAGCCCAUCCCAGAAUACAUCGCCAGGGCCAUCGAGUACAUCAGGACUCACCCUCCCGCGCCUGAAUCUCCCGUCAAGAGGUUCUAAAAACCUUUAAGUAGUCAAUAAUUAACAAUACUCAUGAAAUAUCACUGCCUAUGAUGUUUCUCUAGUCGAAGCUUGUAAAUGAUCAAAUAAAAAUAUUACAUACCACCA